CAGGGAAAUAGCAUUAUGUGUAAUAAUUGUUCCUUGUUUCUUCCCUUCAGCCUAAAGGAAAAAUUGAAAGCAAUUCUUCAAGCUACCUAUACUCAUUCCAAAAACCUGGCCUACUUUGUAUUCACUUAUAAGGGUUUGAUGGCCAUGCAGUCACGAAUGCAAGGAAAGAAGAUUCCAUUUCAUUCUUUCCUCGCAGCCUUCAUUGUGGGCUGGUUAGUGUUUGGGGAAAAUAAUAAUAUUAACAGCCAGAUAAAUAUGUAUCUAUUAUCUCGUAUCCUGUUUGGCUUGUCUCGAUUGGCAGUAGAGAAGGGUUAUAUCCCACAGCCCAAACAAGAUCCCUUUCCACUUUUUGCUGCUGUGGUUUGGGGGAUUGUUCUUUGGCUCUUUGAGUAUCACCGGCACACUCUACAACCAUCACUACAAUCAUCCAUGACCUACUUAUAUGAGGACAGUAAUGUUUGGCAUGAUGUUUCUGACUUCCUUGUACAUAAUAAAAGAUCUACUACCAAAUAAUCCUAACAACUAUUUGGAUAAUAACACAUUCCAAUGGUGAUUAAAAAGAUGUAUAUCUGAGCAUCCUUUGUAAUACUGCAUUUAUUUAUAUUAACAUUGGAUAUUAAUUUCUACUUGAAGUCUGUCCACAAUGUUUAGUAUAGAUUGCUGAUUUCUGCUAAUUGGCGCUUGAGUAUUUUACAAGCAAAAUAUUUUCUUCCUUUUUUCUUCAAGAUAUCCAGUUUUCCCUUCUAUACUACCAGCUGAGGAAAAUAUCUCUUAAUUGUUUUAAAAUCAAGAAAUAUUAAUUAAAUGUUAAAAGGAUCAGAUGACACAAGUAACUUUUGCAACUGGUGUCAUCUACAAUUUCUUCGGCAACAAACACAUUUGUUCAGCAAACAAAUUUUCUGCAUGAUGGAUAUCAUUUGAUAAUGAUCUUGAUCUGUAGUUAUGGUAUUUCGAAGUGUUAUUGCUUAUGUUUUGUUUAUCCAUACCUCUUUUCUAGGUUAUAAGGACAGAUAACAGAUCAAACAAAUUUUAAAGCUGGCUUUUAAAAAAUUAUGCACUUUUUAAAUUCAGUUGCAUAAAUAAUGACACAAAAAUUGGGAUGCUUUUAAGUACACCAUCUUACAAAAUGCUUAAGAUUUAGUAAUGUUAGCAAAUAGAGAAGAAAUAGGUUUUAUUUCUUGGGUUUCUAAAAUGAAAGAAGAGAGUAGAUAGUAUGGUGAAUAUAGGAAGCGUGUCAAAUAGGUUAUUCUUGUUAUGAAAUCCUGUGUUAUUUAGUGUG